UCCACCAAGCUGCGUGUGUGUGUGCGCGUGUGUGUGAAGGAUUCGCAGAGCCUGCUAUGUUUUGUCUCUUUUGAUCAUCAUCCUGUCCAGUGCCAACCAUCUGGGAAGGAGACCUCCAGCAGCAUGGAUGUGAAGAACAUACGAGAAUACAUGGGCUGGCUAUACUACCAGUAUCUCCUCAUCACGGGCAUCUACGUCCUGGAACCAUGGGAGAAGUCCAUCUUCAAUACGGUCCUCUUCACCAUGGUGGCCAUGGUGGUCUACACUUCCUACGUCUUCGUGCCCAUCCACGUGCGCCUGGCACUGGAGUUUUUCUCAGGAUUGUGCGGGGAGCAGCCAGAGAGUACCGUAGCACUUAUGAACUAAAAAACUGAGGGGAUAUGGAGCAUUGGUUUCUGUUUUUUUGUUUUAAAAUUGUCUCUUUUCUCAGGAAGAUUCAGGAGUGAUAAAAUAAGAAAAUGCAACAUGAAAAGCCAUAGCCAAUUUGUUCCCUCCUUCCCCAUCUAGCCUCACAGUGAUACUGUACAUGAUGGUGCAGGAUGGGAUCCUGAAUGAGUGCUUGUGUUUUGCAUGACAGGACCAAUCCGUCACUUAUGAUCGUUUGCAUGUGGCUGCUUCGCCAAUUACUAAUUUCUCCAAUAUGGCAGUGAGACAAAAAGUGUGCAUUACUUGCUCUUGUAGAUGUCAGGUUCUUUUACAAACAUGCCAGUCUUGUUUGAAUUUGUAUUCAUUGUCAUGUUCCCUAUGCAACGAGGCUGCUCUGAAUGCAAAUCUAGCAUUAGCUGGCUGAUGUAAUAUUAAUCACCUUGUAUGACUCCUGGUAAGUGAAAUCCAUCUGAGCAAUAGUUAAACUUCUUCCUCAUGCUUUAAUCGCUUACUGUUCAAGCAUGACAUGAGUUUUAGAUAUUACACUUACACUCAAAUGACCUGGUAUGAAAAGAAAGAUUCUUGGAUCAGCAAACUGUCUUCCAUCCUGGACUGAACAGUGCAUGUGUUCAUAUUUAUAUUGAAGGAUUAUGAACACUUUGACUAACCAACACACUCUUCAUUUAUACUCUGUCGUUAUUUUGUCCAUGUU